AUGCGGGACUUUGUUCAAAGAGUAGUGGAGACACUCGGUGUGGAUGAGAACAAAGAUCGCGUGGCUGUGGUCCAGUACAGUAGAGAUCCAGCCGCCCAAUUCUAUCUGAACACAUACACAACAAAAGGAGAGAUUCUCAACACUGUAAGAGGUCUGAGACACAAAGGUGGGAGACCUCUCAACACUGGAGCAGCUCUCCAGUACGUGAGAGACAAUGUCUUGACUGCCUCCUCCGGAAGUCGACGCACUGAAGGUGUUCCACAGUUACUGAUUCUGCUGAGUGGUGGAAGGUCCUUUGACAAUGUUGACACUCCAGCUGCUGCUCUGAAGGAGCUUGGGGUCUUGAUCUUUGGAAUUGGAACAAGGAGCUCUGAUAGCAGAGAAUUGCAGAGGAUAUCACAUGAUCCCAGUUACGCUCUGUCUGUCUCUGACUUCACUGACCUUCCAAACAUCCAGCAGCAACUUCUGUCCUCGGUGGAGUCAGUUGUUAUUGACGUUACGCCAGAAUCGACAACAGAUUUAGUUGAUCAUGACACCUCCAGAAAGGAUGUGGUAUUCCUUGUGGAUGGUUCUGAUGGCACAAGGAAUGGAUUCCCAGCAAUGCGUGAUUUUGUUCAGAGAGUAGUGGGGAAACUCAAUGUGGGAGGAGACAAAGACCGCGUUUCUGUUGUCCAGUACGGUAGAGAUCAAGAAGUUCAUUUCUAUCUGAACACAUACACCACAAAGGAGGACAUUCUUAACACUGUGAGAAGUCUGAGGCACAGAGGAGGUAGACCCCUUAACACUGGGGCAGCCCUCCAAUACGUAAGGGACAACGUCCUUACUGCCUCCUCUGGAAGCAGAAGCCAAGAGGGCGUCCCUCAGAUGCUGAUACUGCUGAGUGGGGGAAGGUCCAGUGAUAAUGUUGACAUACCAGCUUCUGCCCUGAAAGACAGUGGGGUCUUGAUCUUUGGCAUUGGAACCAGAAAUUCCAGCAGAGAGGUUCAAGGGAUUGCCACUGAUCCUAGUUUUUCCCAGUCUGUUUCUGAAUUCACUGACCUCCCCAGCAUCCAGGAGCAGUUUUUCUCCACACUCAUAACUGUACAAGUUGAGGCCACACCCAAAACCCCAACAGUCAUAGGUAAGAACGGAUGCGUUAUCUAGGACAACUAAA